AUGAACGCUUCAGCAUGGUACGUUGGAAGAGCAGCUUCUAGACACGUUCGGCCAAACUCUUGCCGGUUCAUCGCUGGUCGGCGCCUCCCCCGUCUCCGGUCAGCCUUUCAUACCUCUCUCCGACGCCGAAGAAGCGACGCAGAGGAUGCACCUUCGCAGGUCCCGAGUGAUGCGGUCGGGGCAUCGUCAAAUAUAGAGCACACAGACGGAGGACAGCCACAGGUGAUUGGUGGCUCUGGUGAUGUGCCGGAGAAGCCUUCCAGACCGAAAGAUGCAAGCAACUAUGGGUCGGCCUCACGCAGAGCAGGGAGAAAUAUUAGGCGUCCGAAAGAACUACCUCAGCCAUAUAUACCACACUGGUUCCUGGAUCGAAAUGUAGUAUUGAAAAAUGACGUGGAGCAAGCGCAAGACUCUUCCGCUUUACCAAACGGCGAGAUUGGCGAAACCUCACUUCUUGAGUCUCAGGCGGUCCAACCAGCGGAGAAUCAAACAGAGAAUGCAAAAAGAGGAGAUGGGGAUGGAACUGUCACAGGUGAUCUCAAGAUCAGUCCUAACGUAGUUGAGGAAGUUACAAGUGUGAUUCAGGCCGGCUUAUGGGUUCCCAGUCGAGAGCACGCAGAAUUGACCGCAUCCAUAAGACCGCACCUGGUCCUCUCUUGUCCAAGAGCUGGUGGCUCAAGAUACUUAGAUCAAAUUGUUAGAGAUAUUGCUAGGCAGUCGAAUUCCGACAUUCUGCGAUUAAGCGCACAGGAUAUUGCUGAAAUUGGGGGCGACUAUAUGGAAGGCGCAACGUCUUUCAAUUCUAGUUCUCUGAGUACAAUAGGCUACGAUGUCGCUGGUGUGAGUGAAACACGUCCUUCGCCUGCUGCAGAAAGCACUCAGGACGAAGCCGAGGAGUACGACGAAGACGGAGAGGACGAAGGGCAGGAGUUCGAGCAAUCAUCUAAAGCCUUUCCUCCAACACAACUAGGUGCCAUGAGCGUCUCAAUCCUGCCGCGCGGAGCUUUCAGCUUAGGUGAUUUGAGCAAAUUCCUCAAGUUUCCCCUCCAGACAGACGGUGACAGCUCAAGUCAAGUACCCAAGGUAUCGGGCAGCAAAUCUACGAUACAGAUAGAAGACAAUACUCCGGAUAUGAAAAUGUCUAUGCUUAUUGACACUUUACUGAACGCACCUGACUUGAAGCGGUUGACACAAACCUAUUCAUCGGAGCCAGAGUCAUCGGGUGAAACGCCACCUGAAAGACCACCCCCGAACGCAAAUUUUGACACACAAAAUCACCAAUCCCAAGGGGAAUCAAGUAAAUUGAUUGUCAUUGUUGAAGAUUACCCACAGAUCAACAUGACCCUACAGGGCAGCAAAGUCCUGAGCAAGUUGCACAGCGUUGUUGAUGGUCGACGCUCUGAUGGUCAAUCUGUUCUCAUCGUUGGUACUGCAUCAUCUGACCGAGGACCCACACUCGGUGAUCACAAGGCCGCUAUUGACAAUGCCCAAACUCAAUCAUGGGAAGGUGAAGUACGAACGAUCGUCGUUCCAAUUGAGGACAGCAGUGUACAUGGUCGAUUGUGGAGCGAGCACAAACGCAGAACCCGAGAGAUCAAUCUACGGCAUUUGCGACACAUGUUGCGAAGGACUAGCCCAAACCCGACCCAAGUAAGUGCAGUUGUGGAUGAUUGGCGGCUGCCAUUAGAAUCGCAGUGGGCUUUUGUGACAGGACUGGAUCAAUCGAUCUGGAGCUUAGACAAGGUGAACCGGAUCGCAGUCGUUGCUUUGGGUCUUCUAAACAAGUCUGGUAAUAUGUCAUCAAAAACCAUCGAGGCUGCCUUUGAGACUAUCGAUGCAAGCGACAAUUCAAAGUACGAAUGGUGGAAGAAGCAUAUGAACGAGAAGCAAAAAGGGUCUGAAGGCGCUGUUGCUUCUGCUGUCAGUACUCAAGCAGAUUCUGAAAACAGGAUUCGAAAGCUGAGGAAGAAAUCCAAUGCUUAUGAAAAGAAGCUUCUCAGUGGUGUAAUUGACGCCCAAAGUAUCCGAACGACCUUUGCUGAUGUGCAGGCACCCCAAGAAACCAUUGAGGCCCUCAAGACAUUGACGUCGCUUUCUUUGAUCAGACCAGACGCUUUUACGUAUGGGGUCCUGGCAACGGAUCGAAUACCGGGUCUGUUGCUGUAUGGACCUCCAGGAACGGGGAAAACACUGCUUGCAAAAGCUGUGGCAAAGGAGAGUGGCGCGACAAUGCUUGAGAUUAGUGGCUCUGAUGUGUAUGACAUGUACGUUGGCGAAGGCGAAAAGAACGUCAAGGCCAUCUUCACACUGGCGAAGAAACUCUCACCUUGCGUUGUCUUCAUCGACGAGGCAGACGCUAUCCUCGGCUCCCGGAGCAGUGGGCAAGGCCGAACAAGUCACCGAGAAUUGAUCAACCAAUUUCUGCGUGAAUGGGAUGGUGUGACUGACAUGAACGCGUUCAUCAUGGUCGCGACGAAUCGGCCUUUUGAUCUAGAUGAAGCUUCGUUAAGAAGGCUGCCACGCCGACUCUUGGUCGAUCUUCCCGUGGAAAAAGACAGGGAAGUCAUUCUGAACAUCCACUUGAAAGAUGAGCUGCUUGAGCCUCAAGUCUCGAUACCGCAACUUGCCACACAAACCCCAUUCUACUCAGGCUCAGACCUCAAGAAUCUCUGCGUGGCGGCGGCUUUGGCCUGUGUUCGGGAAGAGUCCGAGUCUGCCGCUGAAUUCAACAAACAAUCUCCUGACGAAAUAUACCAGUAUGCAGAGAAGCGGACAUUAUGUCAGCGACACUUUACCAAAGCCACGGAGGAAAUCAGCGCGAGUAUCAGCGAAGACAUGGGAUCUCUCUCUGCCAUUAGAAAAUUUGAUGAGAAAUAUGGAGAUCGCAGAGGUCGGCGGAAGAAGCUUGGAGGCUACGGCUUCAAGACAGUUGAUGAUUCCGAGAAGCUUGGGUCAGACAAUGCCAGGGUUAGGAAUCGCACAUGA